CUGCCUCAACACAACAACAUCUUCAGUCGUGGCGCCCAGCGGAGCCUCACGUCAGCCGUCUCAGCGACUCGGUGCCACCGCCCCACGCCGCCGACGCUCAGUGCCAGCCGCGGCCUCAUCCCUCACAAGUGGACAGUGUGGGUGUGAAGCAUGACAGCAGCCAAGUUUCCCAGCACGAAGCCCGGCGCGGCCCAAGCUGCCCUGCUGAGGCUGGUGCUGGCAGGGCUCGGACUGAUCCUCAUCUACUACACCGGCUACGACUACUUCUCCCCCGUCUACCGCCUCCCCCGCCCCCGGCCCUUCUUCCGCGUGGGAAAUGACUCGUGGUGGCGGGAGGUGGUGUGCAAGAGAGCCGGACACUGGGAGGAGGAGCCGGGGUCGCCUCUGAAGAAGCUGUUCAGGGAUGUGACGCCAGAGAAGGAUAAGAACAUUUUCCUGAUGGACACGGCUUGCAACUCCAAGCCCAAGUACCGCGUGUGGUGCUCCGUUGAAAGCUGGGCGAAGCAGCACCCGAACCGGCAGGUGUGGUUCCUGUUCACCGCUGGCGGCAUGGCGGAGGCGGAGCUGCCUCAUAUUCUCCUGCACCGGUACCCGAACCUUCACGUGGUGGGCGUCGACCUUGAGGAGCUGUUCGGAGACAGCCCCCUCGUGCCGCUCUUCACCUCCCGCAAGUGGACUCGUGAGGACACCUGGCCCGUGGAGCUGCUGAGUGACAUGCUGCGGGUCCUGGUGCUGUGGCGGUGGGGCGGCGUGUACAGCGACACAGACGUGCUCAGUAUUCGGCCCGUCACGCUGCCUCUCAACGCCCUGGGCUUCGAGCAUUCCGGUUGCAUCGGCAGCGCCUUCUACAGCUUCCACGCCCAAAACCCAAUGCUCCUGGACCUGAUGGAAGACAUGCAGGAAAAAUUCAGUCCCAGGCAGUGGGGAAGCAUUGGGCCUAUUGCCAUCAGCAGAGUAGUGGAGAAGACCUGUAAGAAGAACCUAAAAGAAUUAUCAGAAAAAGCCCCAACGAAGUGCCCAGGAAAUCUCACGCUCUACCCGAGGCGCACCUUCUAUCCAAUUCCAUUCCCCUCUUAUAGAGAGUUCUUUAACCCCGGAGGAGGAAAGCACUUCGACAAGAUGUUUAAGGAGACCUUCACCUUGCACCUCUGGAACAAAAUGAGCAAGGGCACAGCGAUGAAAGUUAACUCCAGCAGCAUAUACGAGGUGGCGGCCAGAAAAGUCUGUCCCUUCACCUUCCAGAUCGCUACAGCAGAGUCAGAUGUCUUCUGAUCUGUUUUCAUGUCUUUAAUUUAUUAAUUAAUUUAUUACAUGUCUCCAUCACAAGUGUGUACUUGCUCAUGCAUAAAAGUGUUGCAUUUCUCCAUUCCUAUCACAGCAAGUCAACACACACACACACACACACACACACACACACACACACACACACGUACACACACACACAUCUACACACACAUAAACAUACACACACGUGCACACAUAAAAACCUACACACACACACACACACACACACACACACACACACACACACAUACACACGCAUGCACAAUGAGCGAUUACUGUCCCCCUCAGCAUGGGAGCUGGGGUGUGUGGUAUGGGGUCCCAGCAGUACCCAGAGAUUGGUCUUCUUGAGUUCAAAAGAUAAUCUGUGUAGACUAUAUUAAGGUUCCUGUAGACCGGUCUGCCAGCCGGCAAUCAGACCGUGGGCUCAUGUGGCAGGAGAUUAUCUGGGAAAUGUAAUAUGACUGUGUAUAGCUGCCUAUAAAUAAAUAACCAUUUCUAACCAUAACCCGUGCAUUGCAGCAAUUUAGCAUACAGGUU